UGCUAUGUAGAAUAUCCCAAUGGGGAGUUUUCUGUGUUGCAGCUAAAACAGUCUGCAUAAUAUCUUAAUACUUUGUGACUUUAUGUCAUUACCGGCUGUAAAUGACAGGCAGCGUUGGAGGUGUGCUCGGUUGUUUUUGUCUCCGCCCACUCCGGAAGACCGACAGCACUCGUCGUUAUUUUUUGUUUUUUAAGGUGACGUGGAGUCGAACCUCUGCUGCUUUUCCUCUGCCUCAUGUGUCAAUAAAAGUAUCCACUGUACAUGAAUAUGGAUCCAAUGACUUUAUCUACCACUGGAAGCGAAGCUCAGUGAUAUGUUCCACUGUAAAUCAUCAAGUUGAGCUCCAAUAUUGGUGCACACCGGAGCAGAGCGAGAUUUUCCGGGCCUAGAGUCAGAGUUAUCCGCCGGACGGACGGGUCUAGUCGGAUCUGCGACAUCCGGACUGACGUGACAGCUCGCUGGAGUCAUGCCGUGUGGACUGAGACACCUGUGGGGUGGCUGCCCGACGACAAUGGGCCUCUGCUGCCUCAUCGUCCUGGGUUUGCUCUCACGCUCUGUCCUGGGCUAUAAGCAGGGGGAUAACGUAACUUUAUUUGUGAACAAAGUGGGCCCUUAUCAUAAUCCCCAGGAGACGUAUCACUUCUACACCCUACCAGUGUGCAGGCCAGAGAAGGUGCAUCACAAAUCUCUGAGUCUGGGAGAAGUGCUGGACGGUGACAGAAUGGCUGAGUCCUUGUAUCAAAUCCGCUUUAAAGAGAAUGUGGAGAAGAAGACUCUGUGUCAGCUGACUCUGUCGGAGAAACAGGUGGACCAGCUCCGAGAAGCCAUUGAGGAGCUGUACUACUUUGAAUUUGUCCUGGAUGACAUUCCAAUCUGGGGGUUUGUUGGAUACAUCGAAGAGAGUGGCUUUCUACCUCAUAGCCACAAGGUGGGAUUGUGGACUCACCUGGACUUCAACAUCGAGUUCAAUGGAGACUCUGUGAUUUUCGCUAAUGUCUCCGUCAAAGAUGUCAAGCCUGUACCCCUUGAAGAAGGUGCAGGUGCUGCAGUGGGCGGUGUCGGUAUAGGGGGAGGAAUUCUGACUGUUACGCACACCUACAGCGUGCGCUGGUACGAGUCCCCUCUGACUCACAUGCGGCGAGCCGAGCGUCUCAGGGACUACUCGUUUUUCCCCAAAACGCUGGAGAUCCACUGGCUGUCCAUCAUUAACUCUUUGGUGCUGGUGGUGCUGCUGCUGGGCUUCGUCAUCAUCAUCCUCAUGCGUGUACUGAAAAAUGACUUUGCCAGAUACAAUAUGGACGAGGAGGGCAGCUGUGACGACCUGGACCAGGGAGAAAACGGCUGGAAGAUCAUACACACUGACGUCUUCAGGUUUCCUCCUUACAAGAGCCUCCUGUGUGCUGUGCUCGGAGUAGGGGCUCAGUUUCUGACCCUGGCGACAGGUAUCAUUUUGAUGGCGUUGUUAGGAAUGUUCAAUGUGCACCGCCACGGUGCUAUCAACUCAGCGGCGAUCGUCCUGUACGCUCUGACCAGCUGUGUUUCCGGCUACGUCUCCUGCAGCUUCUACACCAAAAUCAACGGCCAGCACUGGGUGUGGAAUAUCAUCCUCACCUCCUCCCUCUUCUCUGCACCCCUCUUCCUGACAUGGAGCGUGGUGAACUCCGUCCACUGGUUCAGCGGCUCCACUCAGGCUCUGCCCGCCACCACUGUGCUCCUCCUACUGGGCACAUGGAUCCUCGUGGGCUUCCCGCUCACAGUCAUUGGGGGCAUUGUGGGAAAAAACCGGGCCGGGCACUUUCAGGCUCCGUGCCGAACUCGCAACAUCGCCCGACAAAUCCCACCACAGCCCUGGUACAAGCACACGGCCGUGCACAUGGCCAUUGGAGGCUUCCUGCCAUUCAGUGCCAUCUCGGUGGAGUUGUACUACAUUUUUGCCACAGUUUGGGGCAGAGAGCACUACACUCUCUAUGGCAUCCUGCUGUGCGUCUUCGCCAUCCUCCUCUCCGUGGGUGCUUGCAUCUCCGUGGCUCUUACUUACUUCCUGCUGUCAGGCGAGGACUACCGCUGGUGGUGGAGGAGCGUGCUGAGCACGGGCUCCACCGGCCUCUUUAUCUUUGUCUACUCUGUUUUUUACUACCGAAAUCGGUCGUCGAUGAGCGGCCUGGUCCAAAGUACAGAGUUCUUUGGCUACUCUCUGCUGACGGCGCUCGUCUUCUCGCUGAUGCUGGGCAGCGUGUCUUUCUGGUCGUCGCUGGCGUUUAUUCGAUACAUCUACCAAAGCCUCAAAAUGGACUGACAUGGCACUGGAUGUGGACCACGACACAACUUUGCACACUUUUGACACACAUCUUUGUCCUCUCCUGUUCUUUCGAUCAUACAGAAACAGAGGCUUGUUACAGGGUUAAUGGGCUUUUUUAUUUUGAUUAUUAGGAAGCAGAUAAUUUAAGUGUUUUGUCAUGCUUUUUUUUCAUUUCGUGGACAAAGGGAAUAUUGUUGAGCUGGGCAUAGCCUUUUGGAGGACUGUGCUCAAUAUUUAGUUGAUAAAAUUGUUUUGCCGUGCAAUGACAUCACCAGCUCUGGCGUUAGGGUCUGAGAGGACUUGAUAGAUUCUUAAUCUGCUGCAGUACUGUUCAGUGUGAUGACACUCAUAAACAAUUAGUUGCAUUAAUGAUGCCUCUACUUCAACAGCUUUCAUUGGACCCUUCAAGAUGAAAGUGUAAACCGUUCCAAAGCACGCCUGGCAAUCUGAUCUCAGCGAAAUAUACUGCUGUGAUUGCACUUUCAUUUGAACAAAAAUGACUCAAUUAGUAACAAUGUAUCAAAUCCCUUUCCUACUCACUUUAACUAAAAGAAAUUGUUAGCCUUACCUUCCAGUUUCAUAGUGUCUCUGCUUUUUGGGCUCUUCCUCCUGACUGCUUUAUUUUUUUUUCAAAUGUAUAUGGGUGAAAGUGAGUAAAAAACAUAGCUGGAUUACAGCUGCUGCAGAGUUGCUGAGGGGAGUAUAGUUACUUUAUGUUUUUGUUUAGUUGUACUGUAAAUAUCUUUUCAAUGAAGUGCUUUUUAUAAAUACAAAAAUUCUCUAAAA